GUCACUGUGGUUAAACCUCAAGACCUUAAAAGCUUCUGCAAAACAGACUUUUUCCAGACAGUGUCAAAAACAAUGUGAAAGUGAUCUUGGUGAUCAGGAAGACAGCAGACAGCAGCUAAUCUUUAUUACUAGUCCUAAUUUUUCUCAAAGAACAUAGAAACAGAAAAGAUCAACAAUGAACAUUACCGAGUUUGCGACCCCAUUGAAUGGGCUGACUUCAGAAUAUGAUUAUGAAGAAUCUUCCACAACUAUCGGUGAUUAUGAAGGCGGGGAAAUAUGUGACAGAGCAGCAGUGCGAGAGUUUCGAAGGUACUAUGAGCCUGCUCUCUAUUGGAUAAUUGUGAUUCUGGGAGCCAUUGGCAACACUCUGGUGGUCUGGAUAUACACACACUUCAAAAACCGCCUGAAGGCGAUGACGGACGUUUAUCUACUGAACCUGGCUCUGGCCGAUUUGUUCUUCCUCUGCACUCUGCCAUUCUGGGCCGCUGACUCCAUCUACGGUUGGACUUUUGGCUCGAGCCUCUGCAAAAUCGUCUCUGCUGUUUACAAAAUCAACUUCUUCAGCAGCAUGUUUCUACUUACCUGCAUCAGCGUCGACCGCUACAUAGUGAUUGUCCAGACAACCAAAGCGCAGAACUCCAAGAGGGAUCGUCUCCUGUACAGCAAACUUAUCUGUGUGCUAGUCUGGCUCCUGGCGGCGGUGAUGUCCAUACCAGAGUUUCUCUUUGCUCGUUCGAAAGGGGAUGAUCAGGGCAAUCACUUCUGUAUGAUGGUCUACUGGAACAAUGAAAACAAUCAGACAAAAAUACUGGUCCUGGCUCUCCAGAUCUGCAUGGGCUUCUGCAUCCCUCUCAUAGUGAUGAUCUUUUGCUAUACCAACAUCAUCCGCACCUUGCUGAAGACGAGGAACUUCGAAAAGCACAAGGCCCUGCGGGUCAUCCUGGCAGUUGUGGCCGUGUUUGUUGUCUCUCAGCUUCCGUACAACGGCAUAUUGGUCUUUGAAGCCACUCAGGCUGCCAAUACAACCAUCACAAACUGCAAAGAGGUCCAGCGUCUUGACAUUGCCGGCCAAGUUUUGAAGAGUCUCGCUUACAUGCACAGCUGCCUAAAUCCGUUCCUUUAUGCCUUCGUCGGAGUGCGUUUCCGAAAAGAUGUCUUUCGACUUUUCCAAAACCUUGGCUGUAUUCCAACCCUCAAGAGCUCCAAGUUGCUGCAGGGAAGCUCUCACCGCCCCUCUGUUAUGUCUGACACAGAAACCACUAAUGCGCUCUCAUUGUGAUUGGUGUCAGAACACUAUCAGUGAGGCUUGCUUAUCAAAGGCUUCUGUUUUGCUGCAGGUGCUUACAGCAUCUGGGUUUUAAAGCAGAAGUUUGAGGUUCCAUAGGAGGACUUUGCAUGCUUGGAAACAUGCUGUCUGGUGGAGGGUGAAGUAACCUGCUCACCACGAUGAAAUGGCUGCAGUCUUGAACAUUGCAUAACAAGAGUUCUCUUUGUUUGACUGGGCCAUUAAAAUGAAUGUCAAAUCCCGUUCAAAUAAUUGUGAACUGUAUGAACAGUGUUGUGGCAGGGAGAGUGCAUGGUUGCUGUUUUGCCCAUUUAACUGCUACAAUAUUUUCCAUCUCUUGUUCAGCAUUAAUAUUUUCAGUUCAUAUAAAUGUUGUAUGAGCACUGAAUUUCUUCUAAAAGUGUUUGUCUUCCACAAAAAAAGUUUAUAAUUGUUAUUGUAUGAAAAUAUUUUUGUCUUUUUGUUGCUGCAAAAGUAUAGCUGUGAAUAUUUUAUACAUGAUUUAAAGCCUGUUGUGUACAUUCAGGAGAUUUGUGUAUGUUUUGCUUUUGAUUCACACCAAAAAAAAAAAAAAAAAAAAAAUGUAUAUAAGUAUUUGCUGCUCAUUUUGUAAAAUUUCAAACAGUGUAUUAAAUACAAAAUGCCAAUAAAACCUGAUUUAUAGGCUU